GCGCUUGCAACAGCAGGCGUGGCGGAGCGGAGUAGCCUGUUUUGGUGGAGUCCUGCUGGAUUUGCAAUGUCCAGACAACUGCUGCCCAGAUCCUCGAGUCUUCUCAGGGGAGGAGUCUUGCAGAGCUGCAGAUCUCUGCACGCAGGGGCCACGUCCAGUCGGGCAAGUUGCUCAGCGGCUGCCACAGCAGGAGAGCCACCCCGACAAGGGCACAGGAAUGUGAUUACUGAGAUUCGUGGGUCUAUAAUGACCAUUGGCAUUAACAGGCCAGAAGCCAGAAAUGCUGUCAACCUGGAGACGGCACAGUUGCUGUGGCAGGCGUUCCAGUCCUUUGAAGAGGACAGCUCGCUAACUGUGGCAGUGCUUCAUGGCUUGGGAGGCAAUUUCUGUGCUGGUUAUGAUUUGAAGGAGCUGGCCCGCAACCCGACUUCGAUCAAAUUGCAACAAGAUGUCACAAAAGGUCCUGGUCCGAUGGGUCCUUCCCGGAUGAGAUGUUCCAAGCCCGUGAUUGCUGCAGUUAGUGGCUAUGCGGUGGCUGGUGGGCUCGAACUGUCCCUCUUGGCUGACCUACGUGUUGUGGAAGAAAGUGCCGUCUUGGGCGUGUUCUGCAGGCGAUUUGGUGUUCCGCUAAUAGAUGGUGGCACUGUAAGGCUGCCGAAGCUGAUUGGUCUUUCACGAGCGCUUGAUCUCAUUCUCACUGGUCGGCCUGUGAGUGCACAAGAAGCCUAUCAGUUUGGACUGGCCAAUCGGAUUGUUCCCAGCGGCCAAGCACUUCCGCAUGCAAUUGAAUUAGCAGAACAGAUUUCAGCAUUUCCACAGCAAUGUAUGCGUGGAGACAGAAACUCUGCUUACCACAGUGCAUUUGAUGCUUCCUCGUUCACCGAAGCCAUGCAGUUCGAGUUUGACACAGGAUUAGAAGUGAUACUGAGCGAAUCUGUUCCUGGUGCUAAAAAGUUCUCCUCAGGACAUGGACGUGGCGGAGCAAAAUUAUAGGAACUCAGUAAUGCAUGGCUUCAAUUAAAGCAUUGUUCUAUUUUAAUAAUGCUAAUAUUUUCAGUGACAAUAAGGACAGUUACUUAUAUAUCUUCAAUUGAAGUGUAAACUAUUUUUUUUUAAAAAACCACUACAGUGCUGGUCAGCUUUGCUCUGUAUAGCUUGAUUCAUCAAGCUGUGAUGCAGAAGGAAGCAAGAGAGGAAGGAAGAAAGCAGAAGGAACCCUGAAACCGGUAACAAGGGUUGUGGUUAAAAGAAAUCGUAAAUGCAGAUUAGAGUUAGCAGUUACUUGUAGAUUUGGAGCCUAGAAUGGUUGCAGAUUAACUGAAUUCAGUAUUUUAAUGUACCAGAGGAAACAUGUUUACUUAUUACUUUAGCUAACUAGCUUUUAUAUGUAGGUAUAAAUGUUUCUUCCUGUACCCAGUGGAAAAAAUUACUUCGGUAACAAAUAAUCGCUUACUCUUGUCUGCAGCCAUAAGGAUUGUAAAUAAAUAAAUUCUGCAGCAGUUAAUCUAUAAACAGUGCAAUCCUAUGCAGAGUAACUGAGCGCAGUGUUUGCUAUAGGCUCAGUGAAAGUUUCUCGAAUCUGGCAAUCUUUGGGGAAAGCAAGAGGGUCUUGUAUGUAUGUGCCCAAAACUUCUCCAGCCACAAAGUUUUCUUCAUCCACUUCAGCUAGGAGGAAAUUGCCCCUACAUUGAAGUGAAUUGAAAAGUGUAUAUACCUAGAACUGGGGUGUCGAACAGAUCUCGGGCUGGGCCAUAUGCAUCAUAAAUGUAAUGCCGGGUAGCACAGAUAUAAACUUUAUAAGGGAUGCAAAAAAACACAAAGAUUUAAAAAAAAUGUUUUUAAAAAAAAUUAAAUAAAACAUAAUUAAUACAUUA